AUGCGUUUGAAUACAGUGCAAAAGGCUGAAAUUUUAAUUAAAUUGAAUGACGGAGUGAAUGGUAAUCGUCUGGCAAAAGAAUAUGGUGUUGCUAAAUCAACAAUUUCAUUAUUAAAAAAGCGUAAAUAUGAUGAAAUGAUGAACCCCAGCAAAAGAAGUGGAACUUUUAAUCAACCAUCGAGUGCCAGCGAGAGCAAUAAUGAAUCAAAUCAAUCAAAAAAUGCAUCUAAUGAGGAUGAGAUCGAUGAUGAAGUCAAUGAUAAUGUUGAUGGUGAUGAAAGAGUUGAGAAAAAAUCACAUGCAUUGCCAAUGUUCCGUCAACUCAAACUCUAUAAACCAUCAACUGAAAUGGAUGGGAAUGAACAUGAUGACGAUGAUGUUGCUGACGAGUAUGAAGAUGAUGAGGAGGAGGAAGACGCGAGCGAAGGAGAUGAAGAAGAUUUCAAUGAAAUAUGCAGAAAAUUACGUCGACUCAAUCAUUGA